AUCCUUCCAUGUCACAAAAAUUUGUCCUUUUCCUCCCAAAGCACUCUUUCUUCCGACAUUAACCAAUGGAUCACUCUAUUCUCCUAAAGAAAAGAACCCACCCAAUCUUCUAUUCUCCACUACAAUUUUCCCUACAUAUAAAUACACACACUUAUGCAUUUGCAUUGAUCAACUAUAUCCCUCUUAAGAUACAUAGAAAUAGGGUUUGGAUCGAUCGAAACAUGCCUGAUUGGGGACCAGUUUUUGUCGCGGUGACGCUUUUCGUGUUGCUAACUCCGGGACUGCUGAUUCAAGUUCCCGGGAGAGGUCGAGUGGUUGAGUUUGGAACGUUUCAGACAAGUGGUCUUUCGGUUAUUGUUCAUACUCUCAUUUACUUCACUCUUGUUUGUAUUCUCUUGCUUGCUCUCCAAAUUCACAUUUGUAACCUUUUUUCUACUUCAAUGGCGGAUUGGGCUCCAGUUCUCGUCGGUGUGGUCCUCUUCGUGAUUCUCUCACCGGGACUUCUCUUCUCUUUACCUGGUAACAACCGCACUGUCGAUUUCGGUGGUCUCAAAACCAACGGCAAAGCCAUCGCUGUUCACACUCUCAUCUUCUUCGCCAUUUACUCCAUUUUGAUCCUCGCUCUUAAUCUCCACAUCUACACUGGCUGAAUCUGAUCUCAUCUGGGUCUCUCCUCUCUCUUUUCGUUGUUGUUUAUCUCCAAAAAGUUUUUACUUAACUUAAUCUAUAGUUUUUGUUCUCAUGUUGUAACAAACAGAUUUGGUCUAAAGGGUUGUGUUGUAUUGUGAUGUAUUGUUACUCAAAUGAAUCAAUUUGCUUCUUUUAUUA